CUUGGCGCCCUUCUUUCGUUAUAUGACAUCUUAGCACUCUCUCCUCUGCCCCUCUCACACCAGCCAUCGCCGAAGCCAGCGUCACCUUCCCCCUUCUCCAGGAUCAGAAGUGGUGUUUGUGAGUCAAACAUAGACCUAAGCACAAUGUCUGUGAUAUUCUUGACCUUUUUUUUCCCUGUACGUGAAAUAGCUAGUCAAGAAUCAUAAUGAAUAAGGGAGUGGUAGGCGUAGGAAUUGGUGGAGGAGGUGGGCCAACUGCUGCAGCUGCGACUGCUGCUGCUCAAAAGCAGAAGACAUUGUUGCAGAGAGUAGACAAUGACAUUGGCAAUAUCGUUGACAACUUCAGUUUCCUCGUUAAUGUUGCUCGGGUUAAUGAUCCACCGGUUCGAAAUUCACAAGAAGCUUUCAUGAUGGAGAUGCGUGCAGCCAGAAUGGUUCAGGCAGCAGAUUCAUUGCUUAAGUUGGUGUCAGAAUUGAAGCAGACAGCAAUUUUUUCAGGGGUUGCAUCGCUUAAUGACCAUGUAGAACAGAGAACAGAGGAGUUUAACCGACAGGCAGAAAAGACAGAUCGAAUGUUGGCUAGAAUUGGAGAGGAGGCUGCUGCUAGCCUCAAGGAGCUGGAAUCACAUUACUAUUCUUCUGUACUGAGGACAAGUCAGCCAUGAAAUGAGGUCCCAAAAGAUGAGCACUGCAUCAGCAACUUUUCUAUGGAGGAGAUUACUUCUGGGUCUAUUAAACCUCAAGGAAGUUUAGUAAGUUUUUGUGUUAAAAGCUCUUUUUUUUCCCAACAGACAAUCAGGUUUUCCUCCUCCUCAAAAACAAUGUUACUCUUGCUCACCCAGGUUAAAAAAAAACUGCCACCCUCUUAGAUAAUGUAUAAAAUGUUUGUUGGGAUUUUUUUAUUUCAAGAUCAUUUAGUAACCCAAAACAGGGUUGCAUUGCUUGAUAACAAGCACUAAAGUCGAACAGUAGCCUAUUUGGAUGUAAUGGGGUUUGUUCUAAUGGAAAUUAGGAAGUGAUGAUGCUUGCCUGCUAGCAUCUGCUUUGUCUUUUUUACCUCUAGGCUCUAGUCCCCUCUUUUCCUUAUAUUGACCUCUAUGUGUGUGUGUGUUGUUUACCUAAGU